CACGUGAUCAUCUUCUAAGAACUCGUUGCAAUUUCCUUUUUGUAUCUGUAUUUUAUUUUGUCGAUUGCUUAAAAGUCGUGAAAACCGAUUCUUUCCUUUGAUCAUUUGCUGUCAUUCAUGAAUUUUCGGUAAAUAAUUGCAGAAACUUGCAGAAAUUUGUUGAAAUCAAUUGUCCUUUGAUGAAGUUUUAGGCUAGAUGGCUUUUAUAAACUGAUUGCUUAAGCCAAUUAGUAAGUGAGUGAUAACAAUUUGGAGAGAAUAUUUCAUACAUAUACUCUUGGAAUUUUGUUAUGUAGGCGAUUAUUGUGAAUUUAUGUGAAUUAAUAUUGUGAAAACUGGAAAAUACGAAGAUUAAGUUUCUAACUACGCACACUGGUGUAUUCUGAUUGUGUGGUUUUAUAAAUUUGAUCUGAUUAGUUUUUAUGGUGGUUUUGCAGGACGGGAUGAAGAAGUCCGGAACCAUACAGUUCACCAAGAGACCGUAUGUUGAAGAUGUUGGUCCUCGAAGGAUAGAAAGCAUUCAAUUUUCUACAUUCUCCGCCGCCGAAGUACUAAAAGCUGGCGAAGUUGAAGUUAAUAAGAUUGCGUAUUAUGAUGAAAAUAGAAAGCCUAUAGACAACGGUCUGUUAGACCUCCGCAUGGGGCCAGCAAACAAGAGCAUCCUUUGUAAAACUUGCGGUGGAAAAUUUGCCGAAUGCCCGGGCCAUUAUGGAUAUUUGCCUCUUGCUCUUCCCGUAUACAAUGUGGGAUUUUUCCUUACCAUAAUAGAUAUUUUGAAGUGCAUCUGCAAGAAUUGCUCCAGAGUUCUUCUUGCGGAUAAAGAUCAUCAAGUUUUUUUAAAGCAGAUGAGAAAUCCUAAAUGUGAGACGCUGAAGAAAAUUGAAAUACAGAAAAGAGUGGUGAAGAAGUGUAAUAGCCUGGCAGGAAGUAAGAGGGCUGUAAAGUGCUCCAGAUGUGGAUAUAUAAAUGGGAUGGUAAAAAAGGCAAAAGAACCUUUAAAGAUUCAGCAUGAUCGUGCCAAAGUUGUUGACAAUUGCUUGGAUGAACGUCGAUCUGCUCUUGCCCACACAAAGGACUUCAAAGGAAAUUCCAUGGUUAUUUCUACAAUUGACCCUAAAACAGCCUACCAUCUACUAGAAAAUAUGUUGGAUGAGGAUUGUGAGUUGCUCUAUCUACAUGAUAGACCAGAGAAACUUAUUGUCACAAAUAUUCUUGUGCCGCCAAUAGCUAUACGCCCUUCGGUUUUUAGUACAAGAGCAAUGAGCAAUGAGAAUGACAUUACAUCGAGGCUAAAACAAAUCAUUCAGAUAAAUGCUGCAGUUCUACAAGAAAUGUCAGAUCAAAGCUCUCAGAGCCAGAGCCUGACGAAUAACUGGGAUUCUCUACAAGUGGAGGUUGCACAAUACAUCAACAGUGAUGUCCGUGUCCCAUUGCAAUAUUCUGAAAACACCAAGCCAUUGAGUGGUUUUGUUCAGCGCCUCAAAGGAAAGCAUGGAAGGUUCCGUGGUAAUUUGUCAGGGAAACGUGUAGAGUUCACUGGCAGGACUGUUAUAUCUCCCGACCCAAAUCUGAAGAUUAACGAGGUUGCUGUUCCUAUCCUAAUGGCUCAAAUUUUAUCUUAUCCUGAGCGUGUUUCACAUCAUAAUAUAGAGAGAUUGCGGCAAUGUGUUCGUAAUGGCCCGACUAAAUAUCCAGGGGCCAAGUUUAUAAAGCAUCCUGAUGGCACAGAGAUAUCAUUAACGAGUAAAGUCAGACAUCGCCAUGCAGAUGACUUGAAGUACGGUUACAUUGUUUGUCGUCAUCUUCAAGAUGGAGAUAUUAUUUUAUUCAACAGACAACCAAGUUUGCAUCGAAUGUCAAUCAUGUCUCAUCGGGCAAGGAUUAUGCCAUGGCGCACGCUGAGAUUUAACGAGUCAGUUUGCAACCCAUAUAAUGCUGAUUUUGAUGGCGAUGAGAUGAAUAUGCAUGUACCGCAAACAGAAGAGGCUCGGACAGAGGCUCUGAUGUUGAUGGGGGUGCAAAACAAUUUAUGCACCCCAAAGAAUGGAGAAAUCUUGGUGGCUUCAACCCAGGAUUUUUUGACAUCAUCCUACCUUAUAACAAGGAAAGACACCUUUUAUGACCGUGCUUCUUUUUCUCUUAUAUGCUCAUACAUGGGUGAUGCGAUGGACCCGAUUGAUUUGCCAACACCAGCACUAGUUAAGCCAGUGGAGCUUUGGACUGGUAAACAGUUGUUUAGUAUACUAUUGCGCCCCCAUGCAAAAAUGAGAGUAUAUGUAAAUCUUACAGUGGCAGAAAAGAACUAUGGGAAAUCUGGAGAGACGAUGUGCCCGAAGGAUGGGUUUGUUUAUAUCCGCAAUAGUGAGCUAAUUAGCGGGCAACUUGGGAAGGCUACAUUAGGAAAUGGGAGUAAGGAUGGUCUUUACUCCGUUCUUCUCAGGGACUACAGUGCACAUGCGGCUGCUACUUGCAUGAAUCGCUUGGCUAAGUUAAGUGCUCGCUGGAUUGGAAAUCAUGGAUUCUCAAUUGGAAUCAAUGAUGUUCAACCUGGAAUUGUACUAAACAAGGAGAAGAAGGUGACAAUCGAUAAGGGUUAUGGCCAGUGUAUUGACUAUAUAGGCAGUUAUAAAUCUGGAAGUCUAGACCUGCUACCAGGCUGCAAUAACGCUGAGACUCUUGAAGCUAAUAUAACUGGAACCCUAAAUAACAUUCGAGAAAGAACUGCAAAUGUUUGCAUGAAUAAUUUACAUUGGAGGAAUAGCCCCCUAAUCAUGUCACAGUGUGGUUCCAAAGGAUCUCCCAUUAAUAUCGCACAGAUGGUUGCAUGCGUCGGUCAACAAUCUGUCGGAGGUCGUAGAGCACCAAAUGGAUUCGUUGAUCGAACUCUGCCUCAUUUUGAAAGAGAAGCGAAGGACCCAGACGCUAAAGGCUUCGUUCAGAAUUCUUUUUACACUGGCUUAUCUGCUACUGAAUUUUUUUUCCACACCAUGGGAGGAAGAGAAGGCCUUGUGGAUACAGCGGUUAAAACUGCUGACACAGGGUAUAUGGCUCGUAGACUUAUGAAAGCUUUAGAGGACCUCUCAGUUCAUUAUGACGGCACAGUGAGAAAUGCUAGUGUUUGCAUUGUUCAAUUUGUGUAUGGGGGUGAUGCUAUGGAUCCUGGACAGAUGGAAGAAAAAAGUGGACUUCCGUUGAACUUUGAAAGAUUGUUUAUGAAAGCAAAGGCCACCUGCCCUGCAGUAGAGCAAAAGAGUCUAAGUAUUGAAGAAAUCGACAAAACAAUGGACGAGAUAAUUGGGGAUCGACUCUCAGAAUCGACUGGGACUCCUGAAGGGGAGAGCUCACAGGCAUUUUCUGCUUCAUCAAAUAAAGAGGGUGGCAUGGAAACUUUUGAUAACUCAUUAAGAAAAUUCAUUCAGAAGAAAUACCCAAACUCAGAUCUCAUGCUGAAGUUGAAUGGAAAGGAACAUCCCGAUGAAGAUAAAGGUUAUUUGGAAAAAAUUGCUUCAAAUAUAUGUGGGGUUACCAGGCAGCAGCUAAUGGUCUUCCUAGAAACCUGCAUCUCUCGUUACAGUUUAAAGAAAAUUGAAGGUGGGACCGCAAUAGGUGCAAUUGGAGCCCACAGUAUAGGAGAGCCUGGGACACAGAUGACACUAAAAACCUUCCAUUUUGCUGGAGUUGCAAGCAUGAAUGUUACCCUUGGUGUUCCGCGUAUAAAGGAAAUAAUCAAUGCUGCUAAAAAAAUCAAUACACCAAUUAUUACUACCGCACUGCAAUCCGACAACAACGAGAUAAUUGCUAAGAUAGUGAAGGGGCGUAUUGAAAAAACACUUCUCGAGCAGGUAGCUAAGAGUAUAAAGACUUCCCAAGCAUCGAGAUCCGCAUCCAUAGUUAUAACACUUGACAUGACAAAAAUUCAAGGUGCACAUCUGUCUGUUGACGCUUAUACUGUGAAGGAAUCAAUUCUAAAAACUAAAAGAAUGAAACUGAAGGAGCAGCAAGUCAAGGUCUUGGAUCACAGAAAGCUGGAAAUCGUCAUGCACGCCGAUAAAAAAAAACUUCAAUUUGAACUCCACGGUCUUAAGAAUAAGAUCUCCAAAGUUGUUGUGAAGGGGAUCGACACUGUUGAACGUGCUAUAAUAUUAAAUGAAGCAAAGGAAAAAGAUCCAAGUGCAAACAAAAAAAUGAAGUUACUGGUAGAGGGGACUGGUCUUUUAUCUGUCAUGGGCAUUGAAGGAGUUGAGGGUCGAAAGACGACGAGUAAUCACAUCAUUGAAGUACAGCAUACACUUGGAAUCGAAGCUGCAAGAAAGAAAAUUAUUGAUGAGAUACAGUACACCAUGUCAAGCCACGGCAUGACCAUUGACAUACGUCACAUGAUGCUUCUCGCAGAUCUUAUGACAUUUAAGGGUGAAGUGUUGGGAAUAACGAGGUACGGUGUGCAGAAAAUGAAGGACAGUGUACUAAUGCUUGCUUCAUUUGAGAGAACAUCAGAUCAUCUUUUCAAUGCUUCUGCACAUGGGAAGGUCGAUAAGAUUGAAGGAGUUAGUGAAUGCAUUAUUAUGGGCAUACCGGUCCAAAUCGGCACAGGGAUGCUUAAAGUUAGGCAAAGUGUGAAGCCGAUAGAGUUGACUUACGGUCCAGAUCCGAUUAUAUCGUGAGAGUGAACUUUGUUGCUACAUGGAGAAUUUGGUUCUGAGCACGUGAGAUGGUUCACUCUAUCAUAUGUAUGAAAAUUGGCAAAGUUAUAAAUUAAUGCUUUAACAGAUAUGUCCAGUAAUUUGCUGGCGAUGUUUUUUCUUCUUUUUUUUUCGGCAAUACGAAACCGAAUUCCUAGUCUAGAAUACGAAACAUGUGUUUUUCUUCUUUCUUUCGGCAAUACGAAACCGAGUUCCUAGUCCAGAAUACGAAACAUACAUACGUCUGCAUUCACAAUUUGAAGUGAAAGACGUCUUAUCUACGUAUGAUUUAGGUAUUUGUUUUGGAUUAGAAAAAAAAAAGAUUUAGGUAU